AUGGAUAGACGCCAAGGCCGUCCCCCACCGGCUUACCUUAUCGCAACCGCUUAUAGCAAGAGCGGCUCACGACUCAAACCGAUCACUGUCGGCUCAGAGCUCGGAGCCGCUCAUGGAGACAAGCGGCUCAUGGAACUAAACGGCUCAUGGCUCAUAAGUCGCUUGAUACCAAUGAGCUGGACAUUGAUGAAACGUUUGCAACUAUAA